AUGUGUCCGGUGGAGAACCCAGCCUGCAGAGAUCAGCCAUUCACCAUAGUCCAUAGACACAUGGAUCUUAUCUCCAGUCGCAGUGUGCCCACAGACAUCUUCCAGAUGCAAGCCACGACACGCUAUCCUGGAGCCUAUUAUAUCUUCCAGAUCAAGUCAGGAAAUGAUGGUAGAGAGUUCUAUAUGAGGGUAAGUGUUUCAAAUGUAUUCUACCACCAUUAUGUUUUACGAUUUUAUUGUCUAAUGAAGUGGGUUAACCUGACGUGGCCUUGCAUCAGCUGCCCAGGUGAUGUAGCGUCCUACAGGAUCUCUUAAGGUUCCAUUAGAUAAUAUUUCUAUACAUUUUGACCACUACCAAUAAGAAAAGUUGGACCACAAACCUUUAAAUAGUAAGGAUCGCUAGGCAACCGCUUCUUUUUGGAGGUGCUUAUAUCUCAUUAAUUUGAAAGUUUUGAAGAUGCCAAAAUCAGCUCGCUGAUUCCCUUUCCCAAACUAACCUGGACACAUCCUGAGUGGUAUCUUCUUCUUCUAUCAAUUCUUUUGUGAAUUACAAUUAUUUUACUGCAAAUGGAGUCAAGCCGAUUUAUCAUAUACAGUGGGACAUAUCCAGAACCUUACAUUCUAGAGUGGGGGCAUACAAAGCAUUGAGAGAGCCCUUCUGAAAAAAAAUCAGUAGGGGCCAAGUGGACAGCUAUAAAUAGCGUCCCACUUAUAAGUCGGAGCAUUGCUAAAUUCCAAACAUAUAUUGCUUUUGAUCCCAAAGCAGAAAAUUCUGAACCCCUCCACCUUAUCAUCUUAUAAUGCUGAGGGAGGGGAGCACAGUGAAUGCUAGUGUGUUCUCAGGUGGUACAGUACGUUCCAAAAUGAAGGAGACAUGGUGCAAUGGGUGCCAGAGAAUUGAGAAAGAGAGUGCUAAGGAAUGAGGCAUGGUGGCUCAUCAGGCAGUUUGGCACAAUGAGUGAUAAUGGAAGGAGGCAUAAAGAGCGCUGUGAGAUGGCUGCUAAGAUAGGGAGAACAUGCUGUCUUACAGGGGGACUGGGGAUGGGGGAGGGAGGGUUAGAGGAGAAAAGGUGCCUCUGGAGGGGAAAUAAAGACAAUGAAGAGGGACCUAUAUGAGUUGAGAAGUUUUCCUUACCUGUUUCCAUAAAGUCAAGAAAGACUAGGCUGGCUAAUGCAGUUUGAGCUGUGGUAUCGUGACUGUGGAGAGGUCUUGAGGAUCACCUGGGGGGGUUUUCAAUAAGUAGUUAUAGUGUAAUUUCCAGUAGGCUUAGGAAGGUCUUGAUGUGGUGGAAGUGAGUUAACGUGUGCAGCCCAACAGUAAAAUAUAUAAAUAUCAUACUAUGCCCAUGAGUAGAUCUACCGGUAAAUUGAAUUUGUGCACUAUUGAAGUCCACACUUUACAGGAUCAGAUCUGGGGCUCAGCCCCUAAAGCUCCACCCUAGCAACAUUAAUAGAUAGAACCCUGCUAACAAGCUUACAAUCCAGAAACUGUGGAAUACAGAUCAGAACACAAAUCAUACAAAGGGUAACUCUUACUCAUAAAAUUCAAAUCUAGGGGACAGAUAGGACACAUACUUUACAUAGAGGCUAGAGCCCCACUCUCAAGCUUACAGUCUACCAGUAGUGUGGGACUGGUGAAACACACAGCAUUCACAUUUAGAACUUACACCUCAUAAGCUUACAAUCUAGAAGGGUUAAUGGGGAAUUGAAACAAAACACACUGAGAGAACCUGGCUUGCAGGAAUAGGAAUGGGAGACAGGUGAAACAUAAGAUACCGAAACAUCCUCUUCGCAAGCAUGUAUUUUAGGUCCAAAAUGUACAGAGGGGGCCCUGUAAACAAGCCUUUAAGACAGAAAGAAGUAGCCCUGGUUCAUUCAUUUGUUUAAUUGCUUAGAGAUCAGAUAACUGGUCAGUUGUAAGCAUAAAUGUAGUUAUAUAGGGGACAAAUGUAAUUAUAAAUUGCCAUUGAUUAUUGUUGCUGGAAUUGAACAUUUGAUCCUUGUGAUUCUAUUUAGCCAACAGGGGGAGCUUGUAUGGUAGGGAAUCCAGCAAUGUUCUAAUGAACUAGAACUCAAUUCUUAUUCUGUAGAGAAUCAGGUGGACAAAAAAAACCACAUAUCUAAAGUAUACAUUGUGCGUUUUUUACACAAACCGGAAAAUUUUACAAAGUAAUGAAGAUAAUACAUGUUCUUGCUGAUGUGAAAAUAGGUUGAUUUUUAUGGUUUGGUAAAUAAAAGUUUUAAUUAUUCCCUUCUUUUGAAAUAUAAAAAAGAUGAAAGAUGCAUCCUGGUAGCCACCUUCAAAACUAUUUAAACACAAAGCAAUCUUAAUAGAGAGCAUCAAAUAUGUCAAAGGACAUGUGACCAUAAAAUUCUUGGAAAACUACAUUUUAUCUAGGGCCAACUCUAUCACAGGUGUUGAAGUUUAACACGUAUCACCGUCACUCAAACCCCUACUUUCACUUACAAAUUCAUUCAAAUAUGCAGAGUGGUCUUAACGCAUGGGCACGCUGGGCAGGUAUCUGGAGGCUUCCCCCACCCCCCCCCACAUCCCUCCACAAAUGUAGGCUUGCCAACUUUUCAGUAUAUUAUUCCAGGAGAUUUAUUCAGAACCCUUAAACCCUGUUCAUCAAAAUGUCUAGGUGGACUAAUCACCUCAGUAUUGACAUUCUGAAGUCCAUAGACUUCAAGCCAGUUAUGAAGCAAUUUUCUUCAAAGACAUUUUGCAAACGUUUGUAUUGAACACGUGAUUAAUAAUAAAUAAUUCAUAGUAAUUUCGUACUGUGCCGUCUCCAUCUGUAUGAUUUGUAGAAUACAAUUUUUAUGUUGAAUUUCUUCUUUUUCAACUUCAAGGCUCGUUAUAUUGUCCAAACGUUUGUGUGAUUUAAUCUCUGCUGUUCAGCAUGUUUCGUUUUUUUUUGUUUUUUUAAUGCUUUAUUUUUGCUGUGAAUGAAAUAACAGGAGCAUGCUUGCAAUGCCACAACAGCAGUGACAGGCAAUUUGAAAACAAGUAUUAGUUUACAUUUGCAUGGCAUUCAGAGAAAAGCACAAUUUUAUAAAGUUUAUAACUCAAGCUAAAUACAAGCUGACUAUGUAUGUCUAUUAUGGUGGUUCGCGUUGGGAUCAUCAGACUUGAGACAUUAAACAUACAGUGAUUCUUAAGUGUAUAAGAGCUGGACUUCUCUGCUUAAGUUGCUUAAACUGGACUUUAUCAAGAAUAUAAGACAUAAUAUUGAAGGAGUAGUUAAAGACUUAUGAGGCAUAAAUAGCCCCUGCUGCCUUAAUUCGAGAUGUAUUGCCCUGCAGGAAAUCAUAAGCGAUAAACAACAAGAUAUGCAUGGGGGGCACAGUGUCAAUAGUGUUGCUCAUGGUAUAAAAUUAAGCAUUACUUGUGGUACUGUAUCCUAUCCGUUAGUAUGUGCUUUCAUAUGCUACUUAGUACUAAUGUAAGAGAGAAUGAUUAAGCACUGAAAAACAUGUUAUGCUUCAUGGAAAAAGCAAACUUAUAACGUGGGAACACCCCGAGACCCCAAUGACAGGCGUUUGAGUUCCAAUGCCCCUCUCAGGGCUAUGAUGCAGGUUUCUGCUUGCACAGUGUGGCCAUUGAUGUUACUCAAAGUCAUUUUUACUCAAUGUCCGCACCGUGAAGGCUGAGGGCUGGGAAAUCCCCACGGGCACGGGGGGGAGGGCAGGGCCCAGUUUACCCAAAUGAGGGAAUGCCGCUGGAUACUGUCGGGCAGGAUAGCAGGGUAGCGUCUGUCCACCCCACUCACCGAUUGAGUAGGCCUCAUCCCGUAGGAACGACAUAUAUCUCUCCAAGGGACUGAAACAAGAAUCGCGAGCCUCUCCGAGGGUCCAGUGCUUUCUCGUGCGCUGGCCCACCGCUUUUGGUCAUCUGGUAGGGUCCCUUUUUUGAGCUUAAAAGACAGAGUUGUUGGAGCCAUUGUUUCAUGCGACCAGCCAGCAUGGCAGUCGGGCCCCGUCCCCGUUCAGCAUGUUUUUAAUGUUCAAACACUGAUUUGUUGGAGGUGCCAAUAAAUAUAAGCUUAAUUUUAUAGAUAAUUUACAUUUUCAUUUCUGUAAGGGAUUGUAAACAGGGCCCCGGUGCAUGGAUUUGCCCAGGGGCCUAUAAUGCUGUUAAGACAACCUUUAAGAUAUGUAUUUUUUUAUUUAGUAUUUUUGCAGUGCAUAAUAAUAUUACAAACAUGCUUGCGGUACCCCAACGGCAAUCCUCACGUAUAUAAUCACGCUGUACAUUUGGGAUAAUACAUGCUCAAUUUUAUAUUUUAGACACGCUAAUGAUAUGGAACAUGCUAGGCACAUAGGAACUAUAGUAACCUAGGUUUUACGUAGGUCUUAGGUACCAUGCAGUACAGUAGGUUAUAUGGGAGGCACAGUGUUUAAAGCUUAUAACAUGAACAAAUGACAGGAUAAGUCCUGUAGGAGGCCGCAAACCAGUCAGAGGGGAAUCUUGUUAGCUGUGAAGCUAUUCAUUGACUUUAAGAAAGGGGUAAGAAGUCACCAGAGUCACCGGCGUACCUACCACGGUGGCAGGGGUCGCAGCUGCGACCAUGCCCGCCACUCCAGAGGACCCAACCGCCCUGUGGACCCCUGUGACGGGUAUCCACCGCAAUCAUCUUCUGCGGCCCCGGCCCCCGCCGUCCAAGGGGUCCAUCGGGUGGCCCAUGCUGUCAGGGCCACCCGAUGGAGAUAGAUUGUAAGGGGGCCCUGUCAGCGCUGGGAGAUUUAACAGCGCGAACUUGCCCCCUGUGAUGACAUCACACGCUGGGAGGAAGUGACCGCGCGGGAGGAAGCAGAGGGAGUCAGAGUGGGAACUCUGACUCCCAUCAACCUGAGCCUCCACUGGACCCCAGGGAAUGUCACCCCCUGCAUCUUAAAGGUAGGAAACAGGAGGGUGACUUAAACAUUUUGUGUGUGUGUUUGUAUGUAUGUGUGUCUGUAUGUAUGUGUAUGUCUUUGUAUGUGUGUCUGCCUGUAUGUGUGUGUGCUUGUCUGUUUGUAUGUAUGUAUGUGCGUCUUGUGUGUGUGUGCCUGUCUGUCUGUGUGUGUCUGUCUGUGUGUCUUUCUGCCUGUGUGUAUGUGUGCCUGUCUGUUUUUAUAUGUAUGUGUCUUUGUAUGUAUGUGUCUUGUGUGUGUCUGUAUGUGUGCCUGUCUGUUUGUAUGUAUGUGUCUGUGUGCCUGUAUGCGUGCCUGUCUGUUUGUAUGUAUGUGUCUGUGUGUAUGUGUCUAUGUGUGCGUGUGUGUCUCUAUGUAUGUGUGUGUGUCUGUCUGGGGGGGGAAUAGGGACGGGGAGGCCCACGGAUCAUUUUUGCACCGGGGCCCCAUGGUUUGUGUGUACGCCAUUGACCAGAGUAGUUGGAUGUGGCCCAUAUUCCCUCAGAGGGUAAGGUGAAUGGCCAUGAAACCCUUCAGGCCCAGCUUAACCUAUGCCAGCCAGAGGAUAAACAGAGUCCCGUAACCAGGAUGAGUGCUGCAGGCUUUACCAACUUACAAAGGAUCCGCAAAUCAGGCCUCUUGACAUAAUCAGGGUUCGCCUUGGUACCUCAGUGAGAGUAUGCGUUCUGGCAUGAUCCUGCUGCCAUUGUUGCUGUCCGGCUGCUUGUCGUGUGAGCAAGAACUUGUGAGGGAUCCCAAUCUUAGCCCCACAUGGUCGAGUAGAUUUUCGUGCAUGCGGGAAAUGUCGCUGCCUCCGGCGCCAUUUGCUAGCACUCUUCGGUCUGGGGAUAGCUUGCUAGUGUUGGGAGCCAGGAGAUGGCACCUCGGGUAAGCACUCAUCUGCUGUGUGUGUCUCAGCCUGCUUCAGCCUGUGUGCUAAUUUCUUCCAGAAGGCUUCGAAGGUGCAUUCCAGCCAUGCCAGGAUAUCGGGAUCUCCCUCACAGUGGCUUGAUGUGUACGUGGUGUCUGCCGUUGUGCUCAGCUGUGGUACUGCGGGUUGUCUGUGUGGGCUUGUCUCUUGCCUCCUGUAUAGCCGGAUUACCUCCCAGGGAUGGACCGGGAUCACCUCCGUGUUCUGGGGGGAAGGGGAGUAUCGUGCCUGUGGGUCCGCCGAUGAAAGGACGGGGAAAGCGGCCGUCUCUCUCCAGUUCCAUCACCCACAGGCCACGAUCAGACACCUUGGGCUCCUGUGCACCAAUUUACUCGAGAGAGGUAUCAUGAGAUUCGCCAGGGCACUCUGAGCACGGGUAAGAGCUUGUAUUGGCAAUUAUUGGCGAUUAAUCGGCUUUAGCUGUGGGAGUCCAGUGAACACGCAUCUAGUCAGCAAGCUGGUAAGGCUCCACCCCUGUAUUACUGUUUUUAAAAUGGAAAAAAACAAACUUGUAUUUUGAGGAAGUUGGCGAUUCUACAAUCCUGGCUAUUUUGGCCUAAAUUGGGUGGGGUGUGUGGGUUCUCAUUAUUGAUAAAUAUUUUCUUCCCACCCAUUCAGGUAGAAUAUAGAAACCUAUGAACAUCUUGAUGAAAUGCAAAUCACAUGAGCCCUGAACAGUUAAAAACUGGCAUUUGAAUUUCUCUCUUAAAAGGACACUAUAGGCACCCAGACCACUUUAGCUCAUUGAAGCCUCUAGUGCUUGUCUACCAGGCAGCCAUUGGGAACGCUUCCUGGAUCGAAAUGGACCUUUGGUCCGAUAACUGUUGCUGGAUGUCCUCACGAUCUGCAUGUGGACAUCCAGAGCCAGAUUUUUCCCCAUCUGAAAGCCUUGAUUAAAUGCUUUCCUAUGGGCAGGCACACUAUUAGCACACUAAUGAGGGCUCCACUCCCUGGUUGCAUAAUUGUACACUUAAAAUGUCAACGUUAAAUGUAUUAUAUUUAUUUAUUUAAGUUGAACAGAUUUUAAUUUUUUUUCUCAGCAAUAUAGUGAAUUCUCAUUAAAUAUAUAUGUAUAUUUUACCUUAAUUUUUCUUUCUGAUUUCUUACAUACAGCAAACAGGACCCAUCAGCGCUACCCUAGUGAUGACACGACCCAUUAAAGGUCCUCGGGAUGUUGUUCUCGACCUCGAGAUGGUAACUGUGAAUACUGUGGUAAACUUCCGCGGCAGCUCUGUCAUCCGACUGAGGAUAUUUAUUUCACCCUAUGCAUUCUGA